UUAAAACGACGGCGAAACCCCGAUAUCCGAGCAUCACUAGACGAAGACGACGCCGACGAGACCAAAAUUUGCAAUUGCAAAGCAAAAGCUUCAUUGCAAAUGGCACUGACAGUGACGAUGAUCGGGGCCUUGUGGGGUUUGAGUGUGCAGAUGCACUCCAACGCUCUUCGGAAGCUCCCUUACAUGCGUCAUCCAUGGGAGCAUUUGAUUGCGAUGGGAUGUGGGUCGGUCUUCGCGAACCAGCUGGUGAAAUGGGACAAGCAAGUCGAAGAGGACACUGAGAAGAUUGUUCAGAAGGCCAGGGAAGCCAAUGAACGUCGCUACUUUGAUGAAGACGAAUAAGUAUUUGCAAUCAUCCUCCAGACAAGAACUUCUCUAUUUCCUCCUUAUGUUAUGGUCUAUAGACACUACUGUUUUUGCUUUUCUAUUCGUUACUUCAUUUUGGUGGCUUACAAUCUCUCUAGUUUUUGCGGCAUAUAAGAGCUGUGAUGCUCUAAUGAUGGUAAUUGGCCAGACUGUAAUAAUACUAACUGGAAGCUGAGUUACAUUUUUCAGUAAGAGUAGCUGUGGGCAUGUCUUAGACACGGCUUAAAUGCGUAAAUGCUUGUGUUUCAUCUAUAAUAAACAGAUCAUUACUGAAAUGUAUUAGCUUUACCAAUGUUGU